AUGCAAUCAAUUCGCCCAUGGGCUUUGUCCCGCAGCUUGGAGGGUCUACGCUUCAGUGCAGGACGCCUCCAACAAUCCCGUAUUCAGCCCCUCAUUCGGGCUCGACUAACACAGCAGAUUAUCCGGAAUGCUAGCUCUGCUUCAUCCCCUGAAAAGACUUUUCACGAACGGGUACAGGGGAUCAAGUCUGCCCAUGCAGACCCAUAUCCCCGGCUUGCAGUGGACACGCGUACUAUGAGCUGCAAGGAAUUCCGCUCACGGUACGACGGGUUAGCCAACGAUGAUUCUGUAGAAGACACAGUCGUCAUCUCUGGUAGAAUACGUACCUACAGACUCGCAGGGAGCAAAUUAUCUUUCUUCGAUAUCGUGCAAGAUGGCCAUAAAGUUCAAGUGAUGUGCAACAAAGGCCAACUCGAGGGCAUCGAGAGCAGCCAAUUUAAAACGUUUAAUCGACUCCUUCGUCGUGGUGAUGCAUUCACUGUAACUGGCACCCCGCACCGUACUAGUCGUGGCGAGCUUACUAUCAAGGCUACUCAGCUGCCUCAGCUGCUUGCGCCGUGUCUGCAUGAUGUUCCGGUUCAUGACAGCUCACAUGAAACCUCGCCUUAUCCCCGCCAUGUCCAGUUCCUGGCUGAUCCCGCAGCGGCGGAUAUCAUUCGAACUAGAUCGGCUCUCACUCAGUAUCUGCGUCAAUUUUUCGUCGAUCGCUCUUUCAUGGAAGUCAGCACUCCUAUCAUUGGGGCUGUGGCUGGUGGUGCUAUUGCCCGUCCAUUCAUCACAUCUGGCACAGAGUUCCCAGAGCGCCAGCUAUCUUUGCGUAUUGCGCCGGAAUUAUGGCUCAAGCGGCUCGUUGUCGGCGGCUUUGACCGGGUAUUUGAGAUUGGUCCAUCGUUCCGCAAUGAAGGAAUCGACAAAACACAUAACCCUGAAUUCACGACUUGCGAAUUCUACCACGCCUACGCCAACCUAGAAGACCUGAUGCGUAUCACCGAAGAACUACUGUCCGGCAUGGCGGCUCACAUCCAAACCCUCAACACCACUCUUGAACCCACCCAGGUCGACUUCACUGCGCCUUUCAAGCGCAUCGACUUCAUCACUGGCAUCGAAGAAGCCAUCAAUCAGAAACUCCCCGACCUUAACUCCCCCGACGCCCUUGACCAAAUCCGCACCCUCUUCCAAACUCUUUCCCUCCCCCUCCCCGAGAAUGCAACCCUUCCCCGCCUCCUAGAUGAACUCUGCAGCGUCUACGUCGAACCCCAAUGCGAUGACCCUACAUUCAUCAUCAAUCCUCCUGAAUGUCUCUCCCCGCUUUCGAAAUCAUUCACACACCCAACAACCGGUCAAUGUGUCGCUGCGCGUGGAGAACUUUUCAUCCAAGGCAAGGAGUUGGUCAACACCUACGAAGAGGAAAACUCGCCCUUCGAGCAGCGCCGUAAGUUUGAGGACCAAUUGCGGUUUAGUCAUGCAGUUGGUGAGCCUGGCGAGAUAGAUGAGAGCUAUCUCGAGGCUCUGGAAUGGGGUCUCCCUGCGACAGGAGGAUGGGGAUGUGGCAUUGAUCGCCUUGUCAUGCUUUUCACGGGUGCAAAGCGUAUUGGUGAUGUCCUGGCCUUUGGAAAUUUGAGGACUGUUACGAGAAGGCCUGGUUCAACUGAGGCUUAG